AUGGCCAACAACGACUCACCAGAACCAGCCACAAGCAGUACAUUCAGCUUGUCCAUCCCUCGAAUAGAGAUUAGACGAACGUCGAGCGACACCCAGCUGGAUAAGGUCCAGAUCAAGUCGGCCUCCGUGUACAACAUCCACGGGUUGAGCGGUUCCCAGCAUUCGCUCAGCGUGCCGCCAAUCCACAAGGAUGUAAUUGGAUACCGUGGAAGCAAUGAGUUCAUCUUAACGGACGACAAACAGUCGACGAUGGAUCAGAUCAAAUCGAUUGGACCCUGGUUUCGGCGCAAGUGCAAGAACGUCUGCCGCCGUAAGAUCCUGUACAAGCGUGUUCCGGUGUUAAACUGGCUGCCAACAUACAGCAUGGAUGAUGCCGUUGGUGACUUAGUGGCUGGCAUUACCGUGGGUCUCACCGUCAUCCCACAGGCUCUCGCUUACAGCAGCAUCGCAGGACUACCGGCAGCGUAUGGACUGUACGGUUCCUUCGUGGGUUGUUUCGUGUACAUCCUGCUCGGUUCCUGCAAGGACGUCCCGAUGGGACCAACAGCAAUUGCGUCCCUCCUGACCUUCCAAGCGUGCGAUGGCGUAUGGCAAAGGGCCGUACUACUGUGCUUCCUGUCUGGCAUCAUCGAGCUGCUGAUGGGACUAUUUGGUCUUGGUUUCCUGAUCGACUUCGUGUCCGGCCCAGUCAGCUCCGGUUUCACCUCAGCCGUAUCGCUGAUCAUCCUCAGCUCCCAAGUAAAGGACCUACUCGGAAUCGUCGCCAAAGGUAACACCUUCAUCGAGCAAUGGUCGUCGAUCAUCGAUGACAUACACAACACCCAGCUCGGUGACGCACUGAUGGGAUUCAUCUGCAUCAUCGUACUGCUGCUGAUGAGGCUACUUCCACGCAUUAAGGUUGGUCCACCAGAGGCCACCGAUCAAACCGUCGCCCAGAGAAUCAUCAACAAGUCGCUAUGGCUUAUCGGAACGGCUCGCAAUGCCAUCAUCGUGGUAGUGUGUGGUGGUAUCGGUGCAGCGUUUUACGAAAAUGGUAAACAACCUUUCCGCAUGAUCGGAGAAGUCCCAAGUGGACUACCGAGUGUACAGGCUCCACCGUUUUCCGUGCCUGAGAUAGUCGACGCUAAUGGAACGGUAACGCAAGAGUACGAAAGCUUCGGUGAUAUGCUGCAGGGAUUGGGAUCGAUGUUGAUCGUCAUCCCGUUGAUCGCGCUGCUUGAGAACAUCGCUAUUUGCAAGGCUUUUGCUGAUGGAAAGCCCGUCGAUGCAACCCAAGAGCUGAUCGCUAUCGGAGUGUCCAACAUCGCCAAUUCCUUCGUCCAGGGCUAUCCAGGGACGGGUGCGCUUUCGCGUGGUGCUGUCAACAACGCUAGUGGUGUUCGUACGCCUUUCGGGGGGUUGUACACCGGAAUUCUGGUCAUUCUAGCGUUGUUGUUCUUUACACCGUACUUCUUCUACAUACCCCGAGCGGCCCUGGCAGCGAUCAUCAUUGCGGCUGUCAUCUUCAUGAUUGAAGUGCGCGUUGUGAAACCGAUGUGGCGCAGCAAGAAGUCGGACCUCAUCCCCGGAAUCGCCACGUUUGUCGCAUGUCUUGCUCUUCCACUGGAGUACGGCAUUUUGGUGGGCAUCGGAUUGAACAUCCUGUUCAUCCUGUACCACGCCGCCCGGCCAAAGAUCCAUAUGGACCAGGCUAUCACACCGUGUGGUGUCAAGUACCUCAUGUUGACGCCUGACCGCUGUCUAAUCUUCCCUUCGGUGGACUAUGUGCGCAACCUGAUCAACAAGCACGGUCUGAAAAGUCAGAUUCCGGUCGUGAUCGACUGCACGCAUAUCUACGGUGCGGACUUUACCGCGGCCCAAGUCAUCGACACGCUCAUCAAGGACUUUAAGAGCCGCAACCAGCUGCUGCUGUUCCUCAACCUGAAGCCCUCGGUGGGCAACGUGUUCGAGGGGGCUGAUCUCGAGUAUCGCGUGUUCUACGACUUCGAGCAGCUCGAUAAGGCGAUCCGUGAAUGCCGCCGGAAGAGCAUUCCGGCUUAAAGGUCACCCUAGCGAAAGCGAACGCGAUUUUACCGCGGCUCACCCACUAAGACUCUAAAAAGACAAAAGUGAUCUGUACAUUUUAGCGAUAAAGACAACCUUAAGCUACUAUAACCACCUCGCUGAUGGAGGCACGAUUUUUGUUCCUAGUAAUACUUGUACGUUUAAACGAGUUCCUGUCGAAAAGCGCAUGUGCUUCGUAUCCCGAUGAAUACCCAAAAGAAGAAAACAAGUCAGAACGUUAACGGUAUGCGGACCACGCGUGCGAUGGCACGUAACGAAAUGGUCAUGCGAGCGUCAUAUCGCUCGGAAGACA